AUGUGUGGUAUACUGGGAAUCUUUGGCUCUGAACUUUCAGAGAAAGACCUUCGAUCAAAGCUGAUCGAAUGCUCUAAAAUGCUUCGCCAUCGCGGGCCGGACUGGUCCGGGUACGAGAUCAUCUCGGUGUCGGAGAAGCGAAAACAUGGGAUUGGUCACGAGCGCUUGUCGAUCAUCGACCCGGAGUCCGGGGCGCAGCCGCUGUUCUCUCGCGAUGGACAGGUGAUUCUGUCCGCCAACGGAGAGAUCUACAACUACCAGGAGCUCUUGUCCGAUGAGGAGCCGCUGACAGGGUCUGACUGCGAGUCGAUCAUCCCUCUCUACAUGAAGAAGGGCACCGACUUCCUGAACGACCUGCGGGGCAUGUUUGCCUUCUUCAUCUACGACAAGCGCGACGACUCCUUCUUCGUCGCCAGAGACCACGUCGGCAUCAUCCCUCUCUACAUCGGCUGGGGCGAUGACGGUAGCGUGUGGAUAUCUUCGGAGAUGAAGGCGCUGGUUCAGGGAUGCCGCUCUCUCAGGGCCUUCCCCCCCGGGCACUCGUACUCCUCCAAGACAGGAGACUUCACACAGUGGUACAACCCCGUGUGGCGCACCCUCAAGGAGCACCCGACGCAGCGCGUGGACCUUGCGAGGCUGAGGGAGUCUUUCACCACGGCGGUGGUCCGCAGGAUGAUGACGGACGUGCCUUGGGGAGUGCUGCUGUCAGGUGGACUGGACUCUAGCUUGGUGGCGAGCGUAGCGUGCAGGCAUGUGCGGGAUCACCCUGACUCCGGUCGUUUCAGCGCCUUCCCGAGGAUACACUCCUUCAGCGUGGGUCUCGCCGGCUCGCCCGACAUCAAGGCCGCUAAGGAAGUGGCUGACUUCCUCGGCACGGUUCACCACAGCUACGUCUACACGGUGCAAGAAGGGCUGGACGCCAUCCGUGAGGUUGUACGCAUGAUCGAGACGUACGACACGACCACCAUCCGGGCCUCAACGCCGAUGUUCCUCAUGUCAAGAAAGAUCAAGGCCAUGGGUGUCAAGAUGGUGCUUUCGGGGGAAGGAGCCGACGAGCUCCUCGGUGGGUACCUCUACUUCCACAAGGCGCCCAACGGGCAAGAGUUCUUCGAGGAAACACGCGACAAGGUGCUGGCGCUGCACCAGUUCGACUGUGCGAGAGCCAACAAGAGCACCGCCUCGUGGGGGGUGGAGGCACGCGUGCCUUUCCUGGAUGUGGACUUCAUCGAAGAGGCCAUGAUGACCAACCCGGAGGACAAGAUGGUUGCUCCCGGCAAGAUCGAGAAGUACAUCAUGCGCAAGGCGUUCGACACGCCGGAGGAUGUCUACCUGCCCCAGCACAUCCUCUACCGCCAGAAGGAGCAGUUCAGCGACGGAGUCGGCUACAACUGGAUAGACGAGCUCAGAGCCAAGGCCGCUGAGGAGGUGACGGACGAGCAGUUCAAGCACCGGGCCAACCGCUUCCCGCGGGACCCGCCCGCCACGAAAGAGGCGUACUUGUACCGCAAGAUCUUCGAGGAGUUCUUCCCCACCCCUGCUGCGGCGGAGACCGUGCCCAUGGGAAAGUCGAUCGCAUGCUCUACCGCCCGCGCUCUCGAGUGGGACGAGUCUUUCAAGAACCGCGCGGACUGCUCCGGCCGUGCCAUCGGUGGGGUGCACGAUGACGCCUACGGGGACGAGUUCGAGGUCGGCGCCGAUGGCGCUAAGAAGGCAACUGGUGUAGCCCACGCGACAGAGGCUUGAUCUUUGAUGGAUCUUCCACCGCGUGGUGUCUUUUCCAUUCCGUACCGUCAAGUACAAUAUGCCAUGGUAUACACGGUACCGCUCCUCCUGUAGUUAUGUUUUCCGCCAACAAGGCCACCGGGGUUGAUCUCCAACGCUGUUUGGUCUGUUUCAAGCUUUCCACAGCGCAAUAUGACGUGAUGGUGCAUACGCCGUACCAUUAGUCCGGGCAAUGCGCCAGCCACCCUUAAGUCAUGGUUGCACGGCGACGCGCACCUAUUCCACUGCGCGAGUUGGUGUUCCAAUGAUAAUUUUUGGUUAUUUGCGUUUUUCAAGCGGAUGGGAAUGAGAGCGUUCGUUUUUUCAAGUUAACGGGGGUUUGUACCGAACAGUCGGUCCUGUAUGCGUUUCGGCGG